UGUCGGGAACGCGCAGGCAGGUUUGACAGCGCGCAGCAGGUUUUUAAAGGCAUUCACAAUCUGGAGAUAAGAAGACGCGUGUAGGAAUGCCGCGUGUAUGUCGGACUGUCUUUCAUCUGGGAUGGUCAGACUCUCAGUGGAGAUGUUGUUACUGCAACAGAUGAUCUCUAAAUGAAAUAAUCACAGAUAUCGGACUAAACCGAAACAUGCAUCUCUUUCGGAGUUACAAUUACCGAGUGUAUCCUGAUCGCGGUGCCAAUGAGAAAACACCUAAAAUCCGGGGUAUCAGCUGGACUCCUCUGCCAGAAACCGUGGAGACACAGGACACCAUUAAACAGUUUUUGUCCGAGCGAAUCCUGAAAGCCGCACGGAUGGUGUACAACGCACUGAUGGAGCGUAACCCGGGCCUCAUAAGAGACAGAAAGCACCACCUCAAGACCUACAGACAAUGCUGCAGCGGGAAGGAGCUUGUUGAUUGGUUGAUGAAACUGAAUGAAUGUUUCCAGUCUCGGACUCAAGCAGUGGGAAUGUGGCAGGUUUUGGUGGAUGAGGGCAUUCUCGGUCACGUAAAACAGGAGGUAAACUUCCACGACAAAGACACGCAAUUUUAUCGCUUCAUGGAGACAGAAUUUGACCUCAACUCCACCAACAAUGAAAAAGACUCAAAGGAAGAGGAACUUCAAGAAAGUUUAUCACUGCUGGUCCAGAUGGGUCCAGAUGCUCUUCUGACUAUGAUACUGCGAAAAUGCCCAAGCCAGAGAACCCCAGAGGAUCUGGAAGUUAUUUACGAAGAGCUUCUGCACGUCAAAGCCGUUGCCCACUUGUCUACAUCUGUUCGGAAGGAACUGGCAGCGGUGCUGGUUUUUGAAAGCCACGCCAAAGCGGGAACAGUUUUGUUCAGUCAGGGGGAUAAAGGGACGUCCUGGUACAUCAUCUGGAAGGGAUCUGUUAAUGUCAUCACCCAUGGCAAGGGCUUAGUGACCACACUUCAUGAAGGGGACGAUUUUGGGCAGUUGGCAUUGGUGAACGACGCCCCUCGUGCUGCCACUAUCAUCUUAAGAGAAGACAACUGUCACUUCCUGCGGGUGGACAAGCAGGACUUCAUACGAAUCCUUAAGGACGUGGAGGCCAACACCGUCCGUUUGGAGGAACAUGGUAAAGUGGUUCUGGUCCUUGAGAAGAGUUCAGCACAGGACUCCACCUCAGUGAGCGGCAACAGGUAUAAAGUAAUGUCGGGAACACCGGAGAAGAUUCUCGAACACAUGCUGGAGGCGAUUAAAUUGGAAACCAAUGGCACUGAUUUUAUAGAUCCCAGCGUGAGCGACUUCCUCAUAACUCAUCCUGUCUUCAUGCCCUGCAGUCAGCUCUGUGCCGCCCUCCAGCAUCAUUACCAAGCAGAGCCGUCUGAAGGCUCAGAUCUGGAGAAAGCAGCAUAUGCCCUCAAUACCAAGCAGAAGAUUGUUAAACUGGUGUGUCAUUGGGUGGCACUGUAUGGUUUGCUGCUGAGGGACGACCCUGUGGCCAACGAGUUCCUGGAGAAAUUCAGAGAGGGUGUGAUGGCUGAUUCCAGGCUCUCUGGCAUACUGAAGGAACAACUGAGGGACCGGAGGAAAACCAAAAUAACAGAAAAUGGAUGCCACACUUUGACGAAGCUGAAUCAAAAGUUUGAUUGGUUUUCUGCUUACGAGGAACCUGUGGGGAAAUUACGAUCAAUUAGAGCUCAAGACAAAGUCUUGUAUGAGAUCCUUAAACCGGACCAUAAAGUCGUAACUCUAAUGCUGCCAGUCGAUGCCUCAGUGAAGACCAUUUUGUCUACAUUAGUGGACCCUGACAAAAACUAUGUUCUGGUGAAGAUGAAUUCCUCAGGAGACAGAGUCCAGCUAAAGUUGGAAGCCAGCGCAGUGUCUGCUUCUCUAGGAGUAAAUGAGAGGCUUUUUUUCUGUUCUGCAAGCCAAGUGGACCAACUGACCCCUGUAAUGGAGCAGCUCGGUCCAGAGAAAAACACCAUAGACACUUUAGAUCAGAUGUGUUCCAAGGACAUCGCAGGCCAGCUCACCAGCUACGACUGGGAGCUCUUCAAGGCCAUGCAUGAGGUGGAGCUGGUCUACUACAUUUUUGGUCGGGAAAAGUUCCCAGGCACCACGACGGCUAACCUCGAGCGUAUUGUCCGUCGAUUCAAUGAAAUUCAGUACUGGGUAGUUACUGAACUGUGUCUCUGUGAAGACCUGGUCAAGAGAGCCACGCUACUGAAGAAGUUUAUCAAGAUAGCCAUUGUUUUAAAAGAGCAGAAGAACCUGAACUCAUUUUUCGCUGUGAUGUUCGGUCUCAAUAACAGCGCAGUUCUAAGGCUAAACAAGACAUGGGAGAGACUUCCGAACAAAACCAAGAGGAUCUACUGUGCAUAUGAAAGAUUGAUGGAUCCAUCCCGUAAUCACAGAGCCUACAGACUGACUGUAUCUAAACUCAGCCCUCCAUACAUCCCCUUCAUGCCACUGCUGCUUAAAGACAUGACUUUUAUCCACGAAGGAAACAAGAACUGCACUGAUAAAUUGGUCAACUUUGAGAAAAUGCGUCUCGUUGCCAGGACAGUGAAAACAGUGCGGGAAUGCAGAAGUCAACCUUACGUGCCUUCAUCUCCUCAGAAGGGUCUGACAGAGAGAAUGUUCUUGGAUGCCCAGGCUAUACGAAUAUCAACAUAUUCAGAUCAGUCUGUCAACCUGCGCAGUGCGACCAAUAUAAGACAGUACAUUCAGAACCUCAGUGUGAUUGACAAUCAGAAGAAACUCACCCAGCUAUCAAGAGCCUUGGAGAGAUGAGAAACCGGCCUUUCUUCUCCACUGCCCUGCUCCAUAUUGGAGAAUAAAUCCCACCCAUUACUUUUCAUGUGACUGAUGGAAUCCAUGAUCACCCUAUGUGUGGUUAUAUGGUGUAUAAUCCAGUGCUAUAUGGACUAUGUUAAGCCAAGCACUGAAUGCAAACAUGCCUUCGCAUGCCGUGUCUGAUACACUACUACACCAUGAGCAAAGAAUUAAACUUUAGUGCUGUUGGCAUUUACUGUUAUUUAUAAUGUUUAUACCAUAGCUUUGCCUUUGGUGAGUUCUUGAUUCUUGACUGAUAGACUGUAAAGAGUUUAAUAUAAACACAUAUGUAGACAUGCACAUGAAGUAAAUGUAUGAGUGGAAUAAUUGACAAUUAUUCUCGAUAUAACAGUAUUUUUGCCUGUCUAAAUGUUAACCUUGCUAGCUGCUGUAUGUAGUAAAUACCACUUGCCUAAACCGAUGUAUACUAUGAAGAAGUGCAUCAGUUUUGUAGACAGUAUAUUAUAUAAAAUGUAUAUCUUAUGCAUUUUUAUUAUGAAGUGUUUAUUUUUUAUAAAUAAAUUAUUGACUUUUUGGG